AUGUGUGCCAUGGUUCUGCUCGCCUAUCACAGUGUAAUAACUUAUUACCUUGGUAAGUGGUCAGAUUUACAGCUUUAAUUACCUUGGUAAGUGGUCAGAUUUACAGCUUUAAUUACCUUGGUAAGUGGUCAGAUUUAUUACUUAUUGUGGUCAGAUUUAUCAAAGGAAUUGUCUUAAAAUGUUUACUGUAUAGUAGUUACUACGUUUGUGCUGCUUUGUGGUCAGAUCUAUCAAUUUAAUUGUCCUGAUAUGUUAAGUGUGUGACUACAUUUGUGCUGCUUUGUGGUCAGAUUUAUCAAAAGAAUUGUCUUUAGAUUUUUACUGUAUGACUACAUUUGUGCUGCUGUAAAAAGCUGCGAAAUUAAGCAAACGACAGUUUGAAACCUGAAAAAGGCACUUGGUGUUUGCAGCGUUAGGUACAUCGACUUGACUACUAUUCUGCCUGCAGAAGAUUAUGUUGUGAGCAAAUAAUCUCUCAACUUUAGCUGAUUUCUAAGCACUCUAAGGUCUCCUUUUACGAACUUUAACAAGUGCUCAUAGUUGUAGCACACAGAAAAUCUCACUGUUCCAGGCCUGCGUUUAUAUCUCUUGAAGUGCCACUCUAAGCACUAAGAAGCGGUCAAGUAAACAUUUUAAAAGAUGAAAUUCUCGUUAAAAUGUAAAAUUCUUCAGUCCACUUUAAUAACUUUCGAUGCUAAUUAGUUACAUUAACUAAUUUUGGUUCCAACUUAUAGAGCGUGCGAAACAGGUCGUAUGACAAAGAGGAGAGUUUGCACAAUCACGUCUCGCAAUACAUCAAGCAGGGUUUGUCCAGUUAAUUUUGAUGGUCGCAGGAAAUGUCGAGUUUGUCGCUCAAAACCGUUGUGGUCCAUUAGAAUGUAACAUUAUUGAUGACGGAAACAAAUUUGCAGAAAGGAGGGUUAGUUCAUCGGGUUCCGUCUACUAAAUCUCGGGAAAAACCUGCAAGAAUUGUUUCAGAGUGUAUGCGUGUUAUUUUGUAAAUAUAAACACUGCAACCUAUUUUAACUUGUCUUUGUGUCCUUUUAAGCAACGCGAUAUGUCUGUUAUGACCAGAGUGCCAAAUUUUAUUCUUUAAUUUUGAUCUUCUCCACACUGUGCGUAGUUCAUGACCUGAUAUUUCAACGUAAAUUAUCGAGAAGGCGCCUUCCGAUCACCUUUGUCUACUUUGUAAGUCAUGCAAGCGCGCAAGCGUUACGACCGAUCACGAUUACGCAACGUUUUAGGACAACUCGGCAUCUAAUCUCCAUUCAGUUGCUGUGAAAACCUAAAAUCCUCAACGUAGAAGAUAAACGAACGAAGUUUGAACAGUCAAAAGGAGAUCUUGGUCAAUUUUAAGAAUCAUGCAAAUGAUCUUUGACACAAGUGCAGUUGAGCAAACACAUGGAUUUGCGUUGUUUUAAGAGGUUGGUGAAUGGAAGCUAGAGAUACACCCGCGGGUUUGAGGCAAUCCGUGACCUCAUUGGUGUAUAAACUAUGCACUGAUAUGCUUUUUCAGCCUGAUUAACGCCUGCAUUUUGAGAAUUCUUUCGUACAAAGUAGUGAAUUUUUGAUAUGCAAAUUAAGGUCGUAGAGAAGGGUCUCCUCUGAUCACGCUGGUAUGAAAAAUAUUUCAGCUGAAGUUUCCAUAUUUUGUCCGUGAACUAACUGAAUACAUCCUGUAACUUGUAGCGAGAUAGUAUUACGUGAGCUACAUUGUUGCAGUCGCUGUGCGCUGAACAAAAUCUUUGAAAUUUACACCACAGGGGUGGUCUGGCCAAAAAUCAUUUUGACUUGUGGCGACGCAAAAAAAGAGAAUUGGAGAACAACUCAACUAUUUUUGAAACAUGUGUCCUAAACCCUUUUCAUGGGCAAAAAAUAAAAGAAAACUUUUUUUUCCGACGGGAAGUCGAGAGGACCGCUCUUAGCGAGAGUGGCACUUAAGUAAGUUCAUAACAUAUUUGAGAAUGAAGACAUUGCAACAGCUUGCUACUUGACUGUAGUAAUAAUACGUUUAUUGUUAUCGUGCAGCGUACGUUAACAUUUAUCAAAGUAAACUACGAUAAAAUGAAGACUUCAUAAAUUCCCAUUCAUUUUUCCUAAACUCACAAAUUACAAACAAACGCAAUUUCGUCGGAAUCCCUUUUCCUACUCUGCUCGAGUGGUUAUGAAUUUAUACAAUUUUGUUCAGACAUGCAAAUGAAAAUCCCUGAAAUAUCUGUUGAGUUCAUCUAAUCAAAGAACAAUAUUUGUUGAAAUUGUAGUACAAACAGUAUUAUUUUUGUGCAAAAAUGUUGAACACGAGCGCUUUCUCAACACCCUGUAAAAUUGAUGUGCACAAGUUGCGUACUAAAUUGUCCUAAAUGCCAGUAGAAAAACUAGGUUUCUGCUCUGAAGCACAGAGCGUGGAAGUACAAACAAUUCACUGAAGUCAGUCAGAUGCCUACCUACUUUUAAACAUACCUCCACCUAUAGCAAUCAAUCCUAAGAACUAUAAUAAUGUUUUCAUUAUCAGUUUAUCUUUUGCUGCCUAUUGUAUGUUGAAUAAGUUCUAGUUUGCGCUUUCCUCACUGUCGUCCGUACUGUCUUCCUCGCUGUCUUCCUCUUUGACUUCUUCGCUAUUUUCAUCAUCUUUAUUACCUUGAAGAAUUUUCAAAUUUCGUGCAUCGUUCUCGUUCUUUAAGUUCAUUACUUCUUUGAAAUAUUCAUCUGGAAUGUUGAAGGGCUGGAUCAACUCCUUCAAGCGGGCAGUGUGUGGUCGGUCUUCAGCUUGUGAAAUUUCUUGCACAAUGCAGGCGACACUGACUUUGCUAUUGAACCGAUGCUCUUCCAUCGGCGUAGCCUUUAAUGUGGUGGUUAUCUCAAUCAUCUCCGUCCAGUUGUUGCGGAAAAUAAGCAUCAUACUUUGCAUACUACCUUCCUCACUGAUGUUUAAGUUUUCCACUGUAUGUUGUAUUCGAAAAUGUGGGUAGAGUUGAUCAUAUUUCGACCAGUAGUGUGCCGCUGUCCGCCAGUCAUUUGCGAGACUGAAAAGCGGGUGUAUGUACACAUCAAAUUGCAGCUUGGCCUGGUUCCUAGUAUUCGAUCUGGGCCCGAUUUGCGGCCACCAAGCUCUAUUAAUACCUGCCGCUUUCAGCAUGCACAUACGUACGAUUGCUGAUGCCGUUCGACCAAAACUCUCGCAGGCCAUGUUGGGUGCAUUUUGACCACCAAACCUCAACCUGUGAUCUUCUUGUUCAUCGUUACUUUCUAUAUCUUUAAUAUAGGCUGUUUGACAAUGUGUCACGUGCAAUCGAUUUUGGUCUCUUAACUCCUCGAGGGCGAGAAGGACUGCAUUAAACGCUGGGUCCGUUUGAACGAAGAUAGUUUUUCCUUCCAUCAUCUUUUUUCUCGCGAUAAGGGCGUGAUGCGAAUAGGUAAGUGGGUGUUGGUGCGGGGUUUUUACAGGGUUUCUGUCAUAAAUGCUUUUAUCUGAUUGGCUAAGCUACACAUUAUAUUGUCCAUGGUAGAUAGUGAGUAGUAUGAGUCGCCUAACAGUGUGCGAUCGCAGGCGGUGUACGCACUCCGAUUGUGUUGCAUUAUGGUGGUGUUAUUUUCAAUAUGGCUGUGAAAGCGGCAGAAAUCGGCAGAUUUUGUCUGAACGUGCCGUAAAAGUUGGACCGUUCCUUUUUUUCUUUCACCAUAGGUACAUGAAAUUUGAUUGAUUCUUAAUUUGUAGAAGUAUUUUUGUACGUAUUUGUCUUGUAUUCAAUGGUUCUCAAGGACAAAUGCAAUCACUGCUUUUUAGUAUGUAACUUGAGACCGGUUUUCGGGAAGGUCAAAUUCGGGGUACGUCUCAGUUUGAAGCCUUUCAAAGAUUUGAAUGGCCGCUUUGAUCCUUCUUUAACAGCUCUGGCUAAACGCUCUCCAACGUGUUUUAUGAAUUUCAAGUGAUAUUGUUAGAGACCGGUUAUGACCGGUUGUGUUUAUUGUGUUUAAUGUACUGCGUUACACAGCGUUGCUAUUGUAAGGACAUUCCUAUAUAUACUCAGUCGUGUUGUAAAUCUACUUUCCUAAGCAAAAGGAAAUUAACUAAUCGCGAGUAUCUUAUGGUAUAUCUACUUUCUUGGUCAUUGAAUGAAGGACAGUUGAAUUAGAGCAGUGAAAGGAAUCACUUGACCAAUGAAUAACUCUACAUUGAGCAAGGCGACACGCCAGGUGAGCCGGAAAACAAAAGGCAGUCGACUGUGAAAAGGUGUUGAUAGGCUUGUGUGACUCCUGUCAAAGUCAUCGUAGGUAUCUCGUUAGUUGUUUAGCGAAUGUCACGCGGCACUAUCCAGAGUCUUUACAACUUCUUACACGGGAGUACUAAGCGCCAUGCGUUAUUUAAGGACAUUGAAGUUCAUGAAGAGGAUGUUGCGCUUACAUUAAAAUCUUAGAGUACCACUAGAUGGUCCUGUCGCUGGGUGGCGGUGAGGGCCGUGCUAGAGCAAGUGCCGAGGAUAAUGGAAGCCCUGGUCACUUUAUCAAAGGAUCGCGAUCCCAAGACCUACAACGAAAGUAAUUCGCGUCUCCACUCCAUUUGUGACUUUGAGUUUGUUUAUGGCUUGAUGGUUUUGAAGCUCAUCUUAUCUAACACUGAUAAUUUGAGUAGAUAUCUACAGGGAGAACAGAUGGAUGUCAUCACUGCCAAGAAGACUGCUAAUGUUGUCGUUAAGACAUUGAGCAAUUGUCGUAAUGAAGAGAGCUUCACUCAGAUGUGGUCACAUGUUAAUGUUAUAGCGCAAAAAAUCAGAAUAGGAAUCGAGGGUACGAAAUUUACCUUCAGAGAUUCUAAGGUGCCUUGAACCAGACCAUCACGCCAACGUCAGAGCCUUACUGGCGAGACACCUGCUGCAGCGAACGACAGCUCACAAAAGACGGCAAAAGACCACUUUCGUAUCACAGUUUAUUACACAAGUAUUGACAAAGUCGUCAGUGAACUUCAAUCAAGGUUUGAGGGCAAUGACCAGGAGGUUCAGCCAUUCUCCAAGCAUCAACAACAUCCAAACUGUAUCAAAUUUCUAUGGCGUGGAUAGUGAAAUGCUAUCAAGUGAGAAGUCAAUCUUUGAAAACUACGACUGCGUGGACCCAUGCCAGAGAAAAAACGCAGCCGUGAUGAUAAAGACCAUGCAUCAAAAUGGUCUUCAUGACAUUUUACCCGUUCUAUAUAAAUUAAAGUUGCCUCCAUCCUGGCCACAAUUCCUGCAACCUCGUGCUCUGCUGAAAGGUCUUUCAGCGCACUUCGUCGCAUCAAGACAUUUUUAAGAUCCACAAUGGGACAAGACAGACCCAGCAGUUUUGCCGUUAUUAACAUUGAAAGAAAGUAUGCGAACAAGACAAUGCAGAAUGACAUGCAAAGGAUCAUUGACAUAUUUGGGUCUCGAAGUAAUCGUUCUUCAUACUUCUUUUAGAGCUUAAAUGGGCACGCUUUAUCUCUCACUUCUUGGUUUUGUAUUUUAGAAAUGUUGAUCUCGAUUUACCGAAAAUAUUUGCACUAUUUUGAACGCCCGAGCUCUCAAGUUAUGGCGAAGAAAACUUGAUGUUAUGAAAGAAUCAUCUUGAGCAUCUGUUACCAACAAGUUUCAUUCGGGAAAAUUAUGUUCAGCCUCCCCCAACAAAAUUUUUCCCGUACGCCGAUGACUGCGAUCGUAAACAAUGAAUGAGUUGCUAGUAAUCGGAUCCUUGCGUUUACGCAACAAUUUCUGUGAUCGCCACUGGCCAAACAUUGCAAGUUGCAAGGAGGAAAGGUAUAUGUACAUAUUGAGAGAUUUUACGCCAUUAGUUAAAGGCUGAAAAUCGUAUAGUAUGUACACCGACGCAGCUAGUGGCGUGAACCCGUGGGAAACAUUUGAUCGUGCAAUAUGAACGUCCAGUUGAGGGUAGUCCAAUAAUAGAAGGACUGUGUUAAAAACGUGAAAAAGCUGUACUACGCUUCCUUAUUAAGUCACGGUUUAUUCACUAGAUUUAACGCCGGAUUUUACUGCAACGCUUUGGUUAACUCCAACUCACAACUUUCGGCUUUUUCGAAAGCAACACGCACUAAACGUCCCGUUGUAAGCAUGUUGAACAGUGCCAUAUAAGGGACGAUAAAACGCGUACCGCAUACAUGUUUGUUUGGUUAUGUAGAGAUAAAUGAAAUCACUAGUGAAUGUCAAUCAAAUUAAGAGUAAUUAACGUAUUGUACAGUAUCCAACAACUGUUGUCGGCAGCACCAAGGGCCUGUUUACAUGGAUGUGGGGAACCCCAGCUGGUAGGUGAGGUAACCCGCCUAGCAAUGGUCGAAAAAUAACCCGCGUUUACAUACGAUCUUACAACCCCUGGAUGUCGGGGUGAAGUUUCUCGAGGUUGUUAUUACAUUUGCAACUAAGGAGUUUAAAAUUCGGGUCACCCCAACUAUCAUGUAAACGUGAUCAAGAUAAAAUAAAAGAUUAUAAGGACAGGCGGGUCACCUCAAUUACGUGGGGUCCCCCACCUCCAUGUAAACAGGCCCUAAAUGCCGCUUCUACAACCUUAGCGAUCAUCAGAGUCGAGUGAUGACUUCCGCUGAGAUCAGUGUGAGUGUCAACCACCGUCAACAGUCCCUCACAGGACUACAUUCACCCGCGCGAUCACAAAAUUAAAACAUCACAAAGUAGAAGUUAUGGUUAAUAUGCAUCUAUCGCUUUUUUCGUUGAAAAUAAGUUAUUUAAAUGGUCCUCUUUUACUGAAGCUUGUUUUUGGGAAAAUAUGAUUUAUGGAAAUUUGCUGCGCGUUGUGUUUGCUUUUCCGGUUCUCCAAAAUUUUAACUUUUUGGAUAGGCACGCGUUACACACAGGUUGGGUUAAGGAUUCGUAAAAUGGAAACGCAUUUGGUAAGAGGAGUUGCUAAUACUGUAACGAAUACAGUCAGCCUUAUUAAUGGAUACCCUACCUACGGUCAUCGAAAAAAAAAAAUCCUGUUUGCUUAAAAAACUUUAUAGAAAUUCUGUUUAAAACAAGAGUUCUACUAAAACAAGAAAGAUGGUAAGUUUUGAGUUCGGUAGAGAAAUAGCGAAAGAUGGGUUUUCGUCUUGUCACUAGCAUGGGACAGAGGUCUAUUCUGUUGAGUUUCAACUUAUUCUAUUAAUUUGAAGCCUUUAUUGAAAUAUUGUCAUUUAUUCCGGCAGGAAACGGCGAGGGAGAUGUUAUGUACGCAAAGGAAAUUCUUCAGCCGCAUCUGAAGGCGUUUCCGAAGGUAAAUAGUUAAAGAACUGCACUUAUCAUGCACUAUUGCCGUAAUUCUCGGGCAAUUGUUUGGAAACUCACAAUCUGAUUGGCUGUAGAGGAAUGUCGUACCAGUGUAACCAGGCCCUCCUGCUCCUCACGUCGUUCUUGAUGCCUUUGAACUAAAAAAAAGAUGUACAUGUAUCACCAACAAAUCGCACAAAUGAUGGACAAGGUGCUGCAGUCAGAUUUGACGAGACAAAACCGGCAACAUCACAGGAAUAAUGCAGCAAAGAGAGCAGUUUCCAAUGACACGAGCUAUAAAUUGUACUAACCGUUCAUUCGUGUUUUUUGAAACAUUUAAAAAUGUGACUUCCCAGCCUUCCACUUGAAUAAGAUGCAAAUUUCUCCUCACAGUAUCACCCCUGGAUCAAACAUUAAGGUCACAAUAAUAAGGGAAAAGACUAGAAGUAAUUCUUGAUUGUUAAAUAAAUUCUCCUUUUUAGCACCAUAGAGAUGCAAAGAGAACGGUUUGGAGAAGAUGCAUACUGAUACAAGGGUGUAAAGGAUAAAAUAUGCUCACCAUUCCAGUGUCGCAAAUUUGCUGUGUUAGCUGCGUCCUUUUUUUCUACAAGGACUUGGCAAAAUUGACCGUUGGUUAUUAGUAUAUAUAGUCUCUGGGAUAACUGUGUGUCUCAAAUUUUUCUUUGAAACUCUUUUAUUAUUUUAGGGAGCGAUAUUCUUGUACUACGCUGGUCGUAUAAAACAAGUUCAAGGAAAGGUGGAUGAGGUCAGUGAUGAUGCAAACGAAGCAGAUCGACUCAUUAAUACAGGGGUGCAUCAUUCUGAAUAAGAAACAUUAUGUUUAACUGUUGUGAUGUGAUACACUAUCGCAACAACACAAGCUCCUGAAGGAUAGGGGCGUGGGAAAAUGAUUUAGUUCUCUCUGCCCAUCCCCCUCUUACCACAUACAGGUGAUAUGUAAUGGCAUGACUCGAUAUGUCACGAAUAGCGUUGCACGAUGUAGCCUGAAAGUACGUUACGUAACGUGACAUGACAUCGCGACAUCACGUGAUGUGUAGAGUGACUAGACAUUUCACGAAUAGCGUUACAUGAUGCGACACGAUAGUACAUAACGUGACGUGACAUGAUAUCGGUGACAUGACAUCAGUAACAUGACAUCGGUGACAUGACAUCGGUGACAUGACAUUAUGUGAUUUUACUGUAAGCUGUUUGUCUUUUUUUAAAUUUUGGUUACAGGCCACCAAAAGCCAACGACUCAAUUGCAGUUCAGUCUGAAUGGAAACAGUUCCAUCAUAUCUGUUACUGGGAGUUGAUGUGGUGUUAUUCGUAAGUUUAUCGUCACACAAGACUGUUCAGUUGUCGUUUAAUUCGUGUCUACUUGGUCUCAGUCACAAAACGUUCUCCAAUGGAAAGUAUAGAUUAAGUCAUCUCCCUUGUCAUAACUGCUGUCGCAUGGUAAAGUUUUUUUUUUGUUGUAGGAAAAUUAUAACUAAAAUCCUCCUUUUCUGUCCCAUUAGGUAUGAGGGAGACUGGGCCACAGCGUACCACUAUGCAAGUGUUCUUUUGAAGGAAAGCCGCUGGUCACGGGUAAGGACGGAAGGAAAUUAAGAGAGAACGUGUGUGAAAUUUAACUAAAACACCAUUGUUGUCAAAGAGAAAGUGAAUGGAGGCCUUAGUAACUUACACAUUUCUCUCAAUGGCAUUAACGUACGUAGUUGUUAAGUCUUAUUUUCCACGACGUUUAGAAGAUUUGCCGAACAGAUGCACGGUUAAGUUUGUAAAGAAUCGGUUUGAGUUGUUACAGGAUUAUUUGUAUUUAUCAAUCAAGUUAAUGAUGUAAAUCGUUCAUCGAAAAGAGUUUAUAAUGCUGAUAUUGCGAGCUUUAGUCCUUUGUCGGGGCAAAUGACUCUAAGGUAGCACGGUUACUCAGUCUUCCGCUUUCAUAUGCUGCUGGAACAGAAUUGCAGCUGCAUUGUAUGACAUUGACUUAAGCCUGAACAAACCCUCUCCUCGGCAGACAUCCUACAUGUAUCUUAAAGCUUGCUUCAGAGUUAUGGCGAGAAUUACAAACCUGGAGCUAGCCAGAGAAGACGAUCAAGGUCAGAAGGACACUGACGAGUAUCUUUUCAGCUAAAUAUGAAGGAAAAGAGAGCGGAGAAAGAGCGGCAAACUUUUGUGGAUUAUUUCUACCACUAUUUCUGUUACUGCCUCUGUGACUCCGACCACAGUUACUUGUUAUUUACACUUUAUGUAAAUUUAUCGCCCUGGACGAAGGCUCUCGCAUUGCGCCCGCAAUGCUUUACCGAAAAAACAGGCGAAUCCAAGAGCGCCCGGAAAGACAGGGUAUUGAAAGAUCCAAAGGGAAGUUUCCACGCGAGGUCUAACCUCUCGGAGCCAACCUGUACCAGUGAAAUCCCCGCCCUUUUGUUGAACAUGAAGUAUGAACAAGGCGCCCCUUGAGUUUGGGAUACUUGCCUCCCUAUAAUGGACAAAACGGGAGUAAAUUACCCCUUCUCUCUGAGGCGAACGUUGAAGUGUUAAAGGAAAAUUUGAAAGGCUAUCAAGCAUGGAAAAAAAAGGCGUAAUACAAUUGUAAAUAAAAACGUAAGUUUGUGCUAUUGUCGCUUAGAUUGUGUAAGAGAGACUUACUAACAACUGCAGUUGACGGGAAAUUUCAAAAAGUCCUCUCUAAAACCAGAGAAUGAUAUCGUAUCCAGUUGUUUCCAUGGGGCACGAGCAGCUGGGAAUAUGGGGGGACAGGGAGUGAUAGGAUGGGAGAUAGAAGAAAUGUUCCUCUUUUGCUCGCUCCUAAACCAUGAUACGUUGCGCUCCCGCGCCGCUCACAUAUGGUUUGAAAACGAUUGGAUACCAGUUGGUUUUCUUUGUAUCAGGCGACUUCCGGAAUACAAGCAGUGCAUCGCUGGAAAGUCCGUUCCAUUUGAGAAAUUUUCCAUUCACAAAGCUAACAAGUACCUGGAACAAGGCAACCAUCUAUUUCUUCCUGGCAUGGUAAGUGCGAGGAGAAUCGUAUGUCAAAAUCUCUUUUCUCCGUUGGUUAAAUUAGAAUUGUAAGGCGCACAGAUCCAAUGAUAAGGCAAAUAAUUGGAGCGAGUCUAGUUCUAGCCCAAUUGGCGCAAAACUUUUUGUUUUCUGUACGCGUGAGAAAUGUCAGCUUGGCUAGUUCGUCACAUGGAUGUUUGUAUAAUUACGUUGUUAGAGAAUACAUUUUUUUGGGUCUAAUCUUGUACUAUCGAAGAAUGAGCUAUUCUCAAACGGCAGCAAUGUCGUUCUUAGGCUCCUUACGUUUUUCUUUCGAGACGACAAGGGGAGAGGAAUGGAGACGAAUUAGAAUAUAUAUGUAAGACAAAUGAUAUAUAUACGCGAGGUUUUUUUUUUCCUCUGGGGAAUUAAAGAACCCCUAAACUGACUCUCUCUUCAGGAACUUAUAUUACUCUGGAAUGGCUUCAAAGUUCUUCAUCGCAGGCCGGACUUAGUGGAGCCAAUGUUGAAACUUGUCCAAACGUCGCUGGUAGAGUUAGAAGAAACUAAAGGUAAACUAUAAUUAGUAAAAAUUACGGUCGAAAACGCACCUACACAGGUUUCCUAUUAAAGCACCUUUUUUAUUCUAGAAAACCCAUAUUUCUGCUAUUACAUCUGCGGUUCAACUAACGAACAUAUAUGACGACCUUUUUCCGAACAAAACCAUAAUCACGAGUUUCCGGUUCCUUAUUCACUUAUUUCCGUGUUAUUGGUACCACCUAACCAUGAAUACUCCAGGAGUCCUGGACAAAGAGUAGCAAUGUGAAAUUUAAGCCCAGUCAAGUACUGCAUCACCUACAGCAUUAUAUUGUCGGCGGCUAUGAUUAGAACCCAAACCCCGUCGAGGAGCAGACUUGCAGUUUUGCGUAGACCUUUCAACUGCACUUACCUCUUUAGUUCCAGGUCCCCAGCGUCAUUCCAAAUUUUUUCAUAUUUAAAAAACAAAAUAACGUGACAGUCUUUUUUUUUUUUUUUUUUUUUUUUUUUUUUUUUUUUUUAGGUAAAAAUACAAAUUACAUGGAUGAUUUGUGUCUUGGAUACCUGCUUCAGGGAAUGUGUUACCGUUGUGUGAACAAACCGAAAGAAGCAAUGGAGAGCCUCCUUAAUGCGGUAAACAGGUCAGUAACUUUGCUUCCGGCAACUUGCCUUCUCGUAUCAUUUUCCCUCCUAAUUUUUGUAAUGGAUCUUGAGAGUGAAAGAGUUAAAACCACGGGUUUGUUUUAUAUGAUCCGCGAAACUCCCUUUCGAGUAUGGGAACAAAAAACAAGCGCGAGAAAAUUAUGGCAAAUAAUUAUGGCAAAUUGGUUCGUUUUUGGCGUGACAUUUUGUCGGCCUCCUUUCCCAACCAGGGAGUGCAAGCACCUUAUUCCUCCUUUUUCGUAUUGCAGAUCAAAGGACCUAGUUAAGGAUUUCUACUUGGCUCCUUUCGCAUGCGCAGAAGUUGGCUUUCUGUACCUAGAGGAGGGAGAUCUGGAUCAAGCCAAAGAAUACCUCAAUAAAACAAGGUAUGAAAAAGCAAAUCGAUUUUUCUAAGUGAUGGUAAAUUUUCAGGACAGAAAGCAAGGCAGAACUCAGAGAAGACGUGCAACCGAUGUUCUAGAAAAGCUGUCUAGUGCGUUAACAUUAGCAAGUCUUGUUAAGCAGUGUGGAAUAUCCAACAUACCUGCAAGUGCAAGUAAAGCGCGGGAAAAGGUGCCACUGGUGUUAAGUGCGGCAAAACUUGCAACCGGUGAUAAGCGUGGCUCGGUGUCGCAAUGUUUAAGCGCGGGAAAAAUGUAAGAGCUUCUAGGUUUGGAGCGUGGCAAAGGAUCAAAGCAGUUCAGUUCUUAACGUUUAUCCUUAAGAAUGCACCGUAAUCUGUUCAUACUGUUUUCUCUCACAUAAAUCUGUAUGCAUGUAGGACGCUUGCUAUUGACCUCUGUUAAAUGAGCUAAACUCCGAUAGGUGCGAGUGCUUGAGUGGGGUUCCAAUUGAAUGAUGUUAAUUUUAAGCAAUGUGUAGUUAAAGUGAUGGCUGAGGGACUCAACACGUGGUGCAUUGAUACUGCUCUCCUGGAGUACACUGUGCAUGGUAUGAAGUAUGGGAUCCCAAUGGGAUGAUAUAGGUAUCUAAGCAACUGCGCACCUACCCCUCCCCUAACCCAGCAUUAACCCUAACUUUUAUCAGUUGACUGUUGCUAGGUCACGGGAGGGGUAGGUGUGCAGUUGCCCUGUGCCCUGUGAGAAUCAUACUUCAUACCAUAUAUAGUGUGCACUUGGAGAGAAUACUGACAUUGAUCCGCUAGUUUUUAUACCCCAGCGUUCCUCACAAAAUCUUUGAGAACGUACUUUUUGAACCGACAGGAAAGACUACGAAAACCAUUUGUUGCAAAGCAGACUUCACUUCAGAAUCCACUCAGCGCUUCAAGAAAUCAAACACAGACGCAAGCAGGCGAAAGAAGCAGCUAAAAUGGAAAAAAAGCAAUCCAAACGCUCCAAGAACGGUGUCACUAACAAUAAUUCCUCAAUAGACGAGGAUUCUAUCAGCAUCUCUCUCGGUGGAUCCGAGAGUCUCUCGCGCCAGGACUCCAACUCGUCCUUUGAGACAGCUCCUGAAUAUUCAUCGGAAGAUGACAGGGACCUGGGAGACAUGGAACGGGAUAGCAGUCCUAAAGAGAAUGUUGUUUUGGAAACCACAGUGUGAAAAUUUUCCGUCUCUUUAAGUUAUUUAAAUUUCCUUUAGUAUCUUUUACGUGGUGUUACGGGAUGAUAAAAAAACCUCGGUAAUAAAUUUAUUAGUUGUUAAAAAACCUAGAUAGAGCCAUACCAAGUCCACUCCAAUGAAGCCAAUGAAGUGAUAUUUUGUUUUCUAAAGGUGUUAUUUCUUUUUUUUUUUUUUUCGUUUCCCUUCACCAGAGCUUCAUUUUCGUGGACAUGAACGGAGUCUACUUCCCUAAUUUUAUAUAUGUUUUUUUUUUCCAACAAGGCUGUAUUUUUUUUUCUGUGUAUGUUAGUGUUAAGUGAGGAAAGCCAUUUCUUCGACAAGCCGAGUUGAUUAUUACAUCAGGCACAGCAUUUCGUUUACUUUGGGGGUUAGGGGUGGCCUCUGUAGCGAGUAAAAAAUAAGUAAUUUUUUGUGACUCGUGAUCUUCACGAGCGCUUUUAACAAAAUGAGUUUGUCAGGGGAGGCGGGGCUCGGGUUGAUAAUUUGAAGGAAUGUGUCAACGGAUCUUCACCAGAAGCUAAUAGAGGAAAGCUCAAUCCGAAGAGUAAAAUGUCCCUGCAAAGAUCAUCUCGCGUGGCGUUAUAUUAUCGAGAUAUGACUCGGUCUUCGGCCAAUGAGAUCGUUUGCAUCAGUUUCUAUAAUCACGUGAGCAAUGAUCUCGCUCUUUUAAUUUCAAUUUACAAAGGGAAGUAGUUUGGUGUGUAUAAUUUCCCUCAGAAGUCUAAAGUUAAACUUCUCAAAUAGUUGGGAGUUUGAACGAAUUAUAGAUUUUAUUUAUUCUGUUCGUUCUUAUAUUUGCGUUGCUUCUAACCGAAAUAUUCAUUUCAAAUUUAUUUAUUUUUAAGCCAGAGAUAUUCUUAAUUAACAACAAGAAAAAUAAAACUCUAUCUGUACAUACGUCGCGUGAAGCGAAAUUAUGUUAUUAUAAUCACCUACUGUGAUGAAAUCAGGAAAGCUUUAAUCUUUCAUCGAGCAGUUUUUUAGUCAGUUACGUCAUAUUUUUGUGUGCAUGCAGACUUAUUUUCCAUCAAGUAAUUUUAAGAUUUUAGGGUUAAAAUGGAUGCUUGGAGAUAAAGAAAUUUCUGAUUUUUCCAACGCGCGCAGCAUAAAAUAAUAGCAAAGGAACUGUGGAUUAACUUACUUUACAUCGUUCUUAGAAAGUUUUAGAUCUGGCUUAUUUAGAUAGGAAAAGUUUGUAUCACAUUUGCUUAGAGUUUAUAGGAAUAAAAGGAAAAAGCUUUCUUGUUGUUAUAACGUAUCCACUUAUUUCACCGGACUUUGAUUGGCUCGACAGGGAAUGGUGGUGGCUAACGCCUUUCAUCCUAAAUAAACGGUCUAUUUUGUUGCAAAAUUCAUGAGUUGCAGUGAUCGAUAUGCCGCUGAUCUGAAAUGAAAUGCAAACAGAGAAGGUUAUUUAGACCGAUGGAAUACUGCUUCCUCGAAUUCAAUAUUAAAAGCGCACAAAAUCAGUGAUGCUGUAGAGCACGAGCAGUAGUUCACUCCUUCCCAGCUUAAUCUGUGUUGCGCGGCACUGAAAACAAACGAAGUUGAUAUCUCGGUGUUUCCCGGAGUUCACGCGGAGCAGGGAUAUCUUUCCGCAGACGUCUAUUAUUUGAGUCGCUUCACACACUUUUCGUAUGACAACAAUACAACGGUGGAAUCACGAUACUUUCACAACCAACAUUAAAUUGAUUGAUCAAAACGAGUCACUAGCGCUGUCCACUAACGAAAACGACUGCUUUAUAGAGCUUAUUGCUUAUUGCUUAUUGCAUAUAUUUUAAGAAAGUGUGGACAAAAGGAUUGGAAAGUUACUAACUUAUGAAAACUAGGUACCAACUCGGAUACUAAAUGGAUAUCAAAUGCAUCUGACGUUCGAGAAUGUGUGAUACAUGGACCUCAGGUUUGGUUGAAAAGAACGUUGAACAUGUAUGUUAAUGCCGUACUCAGCACUUCUAUAGAGCGAAGUUUUCACUCUUAACCGUCUUUUCUUGUAGUUUUGGAUUUUUUUUUUACUCUUUCGAGUCUUUCUACCUUUCGAAUCUGAUACUAUGUAGAUUCCUUAAAAAAAGAUUCCUUUUGCAGUCUCAGCAAAAAAUUGCGACAGAACUUGGUUCUCACGGCUGUCAACUAAUCCGUCAGGUGUGAGCAUUGGGACGAGACAAGUCUACACAGAGAGAAAACUGGGCACUAGUAAAUAAACAAAGAUUACGAAAUACGCCGUAGCGGACAAGAGAAAUGAUUAAGUUUUAAGUUGUUUUGAAAAAGUUAUCUGUGCUUUCUCCUCGCUAAAUUGAGAAUUAAUCAAGUAGAGGAUGGACGGAACCGUGGUGGAUCAGUCAAGGUUAGUCUAGUUUAUACAGUUUAAGUUAAAAUUUUGGAAAAUUUCACGUGUCUGUUCAAAUCCCUCCAAGUACCGGCUGACCUCGAGCUCUAAGUAAGCCUAUUGACUGUUCUUGGUUAAAUACGUUGAACAUAACGGGUUUAUACACCUUUGAUUUCAAAUUCAUAUGAAUAUAAACUUGUUUUCUAUAGUUACCUAAUGCUUUCCGCGUCAAGCACAUGACAGGUAAAUCAGUUGCUGGUACGUUUCAUGUUGUGUAAACAAAGCCGAUAACCUCCGAAGAAAGUGCUGUGGUGUCCAACGUUGGAUAGUGAUUAACUUCCUUUAAUCGGAAGUGCCCGCAAUAGUCGAUCUGUAUCAAGUCUUUUACCACACCAAGUCAUCACUGAUUUCAAUUUUUAGAAAGUUGUCACGCUUUGUAGAGCGUCCGGAUCAAUUCCUUAAGAUUUAAGUAAUUUAUACGUUUAUUGGACGAAUGUACGGCAUAAAAUUAACCUUCUACAUCCCAACAUCAGUAUGCAAGUUCUCCAUACCGUUUUUUAUACAUUUUCUAUAGUACUUCCAAGGAGAAUUUGACUUACUUUCAUGAGCUUUGCGAGUUCAUGAUCAUUUUCUCCAUUUUCAUGACCCGAAAGUUUGAUUCAGAAGUGUUACUUUUGGGAGAAGUUAGAUGCCUAUCACCAUUAGGGUAGUCAAGCAAGAUUUUAAGCUCAUCGGUGAUGCGCUAAGAAUAUUGUACUUGUGUGGCUUGUAAUGUUGUAGUAUGAACUCAAAAUGCCAUGCAAAUACUAUACUCUUAUAAAAGUUUUGAGGUCAUAAUGAAGACCCCUUCUCUACCCCCCUCAUAUUUUCCAAUGACCUUCCAUUGGGUUGUGGGGAUAUUUUCUGGAAAAUCAUCAUGCUGCAAUAUUCGUAGUGUUAAAAGUAUUCAGAUUUGUUCUUUUAAAAUGUUUAUGGGCAUAGGAUUUUUCCUUACCUGUUUGAUUUUGACUUUCCCUUGAGUAUUUGUUCCCUUUAAUUAAAAUAAGUGAAAGUUAAUGUAAAAUUGGGAGGAAAUUUUCUAUACAAACUUGAAAUUUGAAUCAUGACAGAUGAUAAAAUCUGAAGUAGUUGUAUGUCCCCAGUGACCCUUCGCCUGGUCAUCAAUAUAUUUGGAUUACCAGUCAAUACUGGUAAUCUUUAGCAUUGAAUUCAUGUUUAACUUAAUAAUUGUUUGAUUUUAUUUUUUAAAUUAUCUUCUUUUACAGUACAGAUAAUGAUUCCCUUACUAUGGCAGAAGCCGUCAAAAUGAUCACCAAAGCUUAUGACCUCUGCUUUUCAAACAAGUUUCUACAAGCAAAGGCAGACAUAGAGCCAUGGUAUAGGAAUUUCAAUUUACAGUCUCAGUAGUAAACUGUGUCUAACAGGUUAUAGGUCUGGGUACAAACUUGAUAACGUGUGAAAAAGUUUUUGUUAGGGCUGACUCCAUCUUCCUCCUAAAAAGUACAUAAGUCUCUGUCGAAAAUUAUAAUUAAGCUUUAUGGGUUUCACUACCUGUUCAAAGGGGCAUCUCUCUUUCUUCAGUUUUGAAGUUUCACAAAACAGAUCUUAAUUAAAAUUGUUAGUGAAAAUAAUGGUACUUCGUCUGGCUCUCUUGGAAAGCCCCCUUCUCCUCCUACUAUUUGUCUGAUGGACAAUGAUUGCUAGAUAAAGCAUUAGUCUAGAAUUUAUAUAAUUACACCUUUACAGGGCGUGAAAUAGCCCCUAAUACAGGUGCCAAUGUGACUGAAUUUUUCACUUUGGCAAUCAAAUCCUGAAAAUUAGUCACCAGAUUGGCAACUAGAAUGCUUCAUCAUGAAAUCAUCAAAAAUUGAGGAGCCAAGUGGCUAUCAGAAAAAAAAUAUAUAAUUUCACAGUUUGCAUUGCUCCAACCUAUUUUGUUAGGCAAACUGAGCAUAAAUCAUCAUCAGAUUCUGGUUUUUAUUUAGUGAAAAACUACUAUAAUAAUUCUAGUUCUUUUCACAAAAAAAUUUACCUUUUCAGGAUUUCCCUCACCCAGAAAAUCUCCCAACAUGUACAAUUUGUUUAGGGAUACAGUCAAGUGGAAAUAUUUGUUGACUUCACAAAUCAUGUAUAUGUAAUGAAUAAAUGGAUAUUCAAGUUUAGUUUAUGGUUUCAGGAUCAACAAAAGCAUGUACCAUGCAGUUGCAUACAGCAGUAUUAUGUGCAUUCAAGCUCUGUUGAAAUUUGAACAGGUAUGAGUCUGUACUUUCACCCUUUAACUCCCAAGAUCUGAUUUUUAAUUCUCUCUUCUAGCUACUACACAUUUCUUUGUAAAUUAGUUAUGAGAAUUUGGUGUUAGAUCAAGAUAACAACUUCUAGCUGAAAAGUUUGAGUAUUCUCAUUAUCUGUUUGCUGGAUAAUGUAUAGAUAUUAUUGGGAGAAGUUGCAUAUUGAUCGCUGCUAGGAGUUAAAGGGUUAAUUCAGGAAGACAAUGUUUACAAUAUUCCUUGGGCUUUUCACGUCUAAGGCCUGAUAUAUUAAAUCUUCUCUGCAGGUUAAAAGUUCUCCCAUAUGCCUGCUGAUCAAUUUGUCACACCUAGUUGAAAAAGUCAAGUUACCACAACCUUAAUGAAAAGUUUAGAGUCCAAGUAAAAUACAUAAAAACUUUAUUCCAAUCAAGAUGAGAACAGAAAAAAUUUUGUCUGAGUGCCUGACAGAGGACAUCUUGGAAAUAAUAUGUAUUCAGAAGAUAAUAAAUUUAUUUGCAAAUAUUUGGAACAUCUUUGAAAAUGUACUCUUUUCUAGACCUUUGAAUGUAUUGGGGUUAAUUUCUUCCAGAGUAGAAAUCUUACACCUUUGACUCCAAAACAGCUGGCUGGUAGGAUCUUGUCAUAUUUGAUAAGUUUUAAACUACAUGAUUUGUCACAGAAGUAUGAUUAGUAUUCACAGAGUCAACAUUGUAAAAUUUAAGAUGCCAUAUUAGAGAAUUGAAUUGAAAUUUUUUUCUCUAUUUCCAGCCAGCAAUUCAAAAGGCAAGUGAAAGUGUCAAGUUGGCUGUGAAUAUCUGUGAGAGGUACUAACAAUGAUCUGUUUAUCGACAUGUUAACCAUGGCUAUUCAUUCAUUAACCAUUUAACUCCCAGAUCAAAUUUGUAAUUCUCCUCACUGUCAACCAUACAAUUCUUAUCAUGUUAGUUCAGAGAAUUUAGUAUUGGAUCAACUAAUUAUCCCCAAAUUGAUGUUUUUCUUUAUUCUCAUCACUUAUCUGGUUGAUAUUAUAUUGAUAUUGUAAGGAGAAAUUCUGUCUUGGUCACACAUGAGAAUUAAAGGGUUAAGGAAUACACCAUAGCAUAAGGCAUUAUGAUUAUUGAAUGAAAUGGAAUUAUCCUAAUUAUUUUAUCUUGAUUCAGACAAAGGAAAAAGCCAACAUGGUCAGAGACAUUUUCAAGCUGGAUAUGGAGUUCUGCAUAUGAUGAGUUUUCCAUGGGUUUGUGCAAUGAUCUUCAGUUCUUUUUCAAACAAAGUUUUUUAAAAUUAAAAGUCAUUGAUACUAGUAACUCCACGCAUUGAAUUUAACAGAGACUUAAUAAGCUAACUGCUAGACUUAAUUCAUUUACACUGUUUUAGAGGUUUUUGUUUCAAAAUCUUUCUCUAAUUUUUCUUGAUUUUUCAGAGUCGAGGGCUUGAAAUUAAGUACCUGAACUAAAGUAAAUUAAAUUAAAUGGAAAAUGAAAUUAAAUCAUUUUUGAUGUAAAUGAAAUCUUUCUUUGCAGAAGAGAAGCAUGCUGAGCUGUGCUAUACAGAAUGUCUUCUUCUUGAUGCUUUACUUACAUUUAUUCAGGUAAUAGUGAACAAUAAAUAUUGUGCACUACUAACUUCAUAGGUCUGGUUUUAAAAAAUUGUAUUUUGCUGAAGGAUUCUUGUGUUGAUGUAUACCGUAUGCUAUAAAAUGCUGCAGAUCAGUCACAUUUGUGUUUGUUAAAAUUAUGUCUGAAUAUGUUGAUUGAUUACUGCAGGAUGACAAUCUUGUCAGUUUUGUGUGGGGAGCUUUGAAAAUUAGGACCUGUUAUCAGAAUUACAAGUAAGGACUAAAUUAGUGUUAGCUACCUAUCAGACAAUAGACACUCAAGUUCAUAUGCAAAUAUUCAUGUGAAUUAAUUUUAGAUGGUUCGAAAUCAUUGUUUGAAUAAUCACAUUUUAUUGUAACUAUUUGUAUCAUUCAGUAGUUUUAAAUCCUCAAUGUCCAUAGCUUUAUAUUCUAUUUGAAUUUUUUUCCUAUGUAUUUCUAUUAAUAUCAUAUUUCAGUCUCCAUUUAUUCUGAGGGCCAUAAGUUAAUCAGUUUAAUUACUGUCUAAUAUUAUCUCCUUUAAACUAGGUCUACUUAUUUACUUACGCACUAUUUUGGUGAGAUAUUUGGCUCAUCAUUUUAACUACUGACAUAAUAGUUCAAUCAAUCUCGUAGAAAAAGAAUUUUAUUAACCAUCAAAGAUAAUGGACCAAGUAAUUUUCAACCUUUAAGAAAAGGUUUAACAGCAAUAAAGUUGUGUGAUAUUGGUCUUUGUCUCUGUUUAGCCAAUGAAUUAAGUUUUAGUAUCCUUGUUUUGAACAGGACUUGUCUUGAAAUGAUAGCAGACCAACCACAUUCUUUAUCCCAGUCACCUCUUGAGAAAGACUUUGAAGCAGGAGUUCAUUUUGGAAUUGGUGGGUUUAAUCUGGUGAGUGGCACCGAUGGUAUAAGUGCUGAAAUAAACAAUUAUUCCACAGGCACACAUUGGAUAUGAGAGUAUAUAAGUGGAGUGAAACUAUUUUCAUUUUCUUGUUUGUUUAUUUGCUUUUCAGGUGUUGUCUUUACUUCCACCCAUAAUUAUAAAAUUGUUAGAGUGGGUUGGUUUUUCAGGAGACAGGGUAAGUAUCUAUUUAUCUAUUUUCAUGUACCAUCUUUUAGUUCACAGUUAGUGACGCUUUCUAAAUUUCAUUUUUUCUUCGUUUCUGGGACACCACAGUUUCUAGGGAUAAAUCAUUUACACAAGGGAAGUAAAGGCCAGAGUCUGAGGUCCCCACUGUGCUCUUUACUUCUCCUUGCCUACCAUACAUGGAUUACCCAGUAUUUAGGUAAGUUACACAUUUUGCAAGCAUUGAAGUUUUGAAGUAAAAAUAAACUUUUGAUUGUGUGCCAAAAAAAAAAAACAAAAAUAAUUCAAAGGACCAUUUAGAUCGAGUCUUGGUUAAUAGAGUCGUUUUUAAUUGGCUUGAGAUACUUCGCUCUGUGAUUGGUUAAGAAAACGUGCUCCACCUUAACAACCGAUUAAAUUCAAAACUGAAACAAAUCACGACUCGGUCGUUCGCGUUUUCCCGCGAUUUUCUGACCGUGCAGUUUUGCUUGUUUUCACAUUGAGUCUUCUUCGGCUUCUUGUGACGUGAUUUUUUAUUAAAUUAUUUUGUUGUGGUAACUCUGGUUUUGAUUUUAUGACUCUCCAUAAAAAAUAACAAGCAAAGCAGAAGGAAAUGAUAAGUCAACUGCCUGAUGCGUAGGGAAACGCAAAUGAUAAAGUCGUUAUUGGUUUGAUUAGUAUUUGUAAUGGGACUGAGUAGAGUCCAAUUCGGUCUGUGAUCAUACGAGUGAUUCGUUUGUCGCGAGUACGAGAAAUUUUUUUUUUUCGGAAUUUUUAACGAAUUACUACCAAAAAAAAUCAUCCUUGCCAUGGUUUGCACGUAUCUUCAUAAACUCCAAUUUUGUUGGUCCGGUACUGAUCUUGUUAGUGCGCUUAUGGGUAAUUUUGUUAGAAAUUGUUCUUUAAUCACAGCCUCAUUCCCAGGUCUGGGAUCCGGAUUAAAACACUGAAAGUUGAAGUUUUCUUUGUGUGUAAAAUUACACUACUAUGAUUAUGUGUUUAUUGUAGGGAACGGUGAUGGCGAUAUAGAUCAGUCUGAGGAAAUCCUUCAGCCUCUUUUGACAACAUUUCCAAAGGUACUUGCAAUUGUGUAUUUUUGGUUUAAACGCACUUUUGACUUCAAUUCGAGAGGUUCUCUAGGCUAUGUAGUAACGCUUUGUUGGCAAAAACUGUAUUUUUUCAGUGUUGGGAAAAGAUGCGAUUAUUUUGUUAUCAGUUCUACAGAUUCUCGUUCUGUGUUAGUGUUCUUCAGUAUAGUUUUUCAGCAAAUCACAAGCCAGUACUAGAAACGACGUAAUCGAAAACUGAUGUCGCCUCACUUACAGUCUUUUUCUUAUAUUUUAGCUGAGCUCUUGUUGUUCUCCUAUUUUUCGAUGAGCAGAGUGUAUUUUGCAGAUCAAACAGUUUAAGUGGAAGUUUUUACAUCAUUGUAACUCUUUUUGUAAAUCUUUGGAACAGGGAUCACUCUUUCUGUUUUACGAUGGUCGCAUUAAACAAGUUCGAGGGAAACUGGAAGAGGUAAGUGCCAAUAGUUUUCAACGCAUCUGAGGCCGAAAAUCGCCCGGCUGUUUUCUCUCAUGCAAUGGCGAGGACUCGCUUCUCCAAUUCCCUUUUUCGAUUUUUAAAGAUAUAAUUUUUUUCGAGGUCAGCGCGCGUAUCAUAGCACCAAGUGAGCAGGGUAACUAAAGGAAUGUACACUUUUUAACCUGGGUUUGUUUGUUUAAGUUAAAGCUUUCUAUCAUUUGUUUCUAGGCCAUCAACAGAUACAAGCACUCGAUCACAAUUCAGUCAGAGAUUAAACAAUUUCAUCAUAUUUUCUACUGGGAGCUGAUGUGGUGCCACGCGUAAGUAUAACAAUAAAUAGCUGAAUAGGCUUCGUUGCGAAAUUUUGCGUCAGCUAGAAUAUUUCCUUGGUCUUGCUGAUAAGAUUACAUUUUGCAGGUGCAAAGGAGACUGGGCCGAGGCUUAUCAAUAUGCUGGCAAUCUUUUUGAAGAGAGCAUGUGGUCGAAGGUAAAUAACGCACAAUAAAAUGUUAUUUUUAUGUAGAGAACAGACAUGUGUUAAAAUUGUAUGUCUUUGCCAAUAAGUGGUGAGGUUAAGGGAGAAACAUUUUUUGCCUCAACUCCACGCUCUUAAACUUUAAUAGUUCGAAACAACAGUAAAAGUUGUUCCUCUUUGAUUACGAAAGCUUCUCGAAGUUUCAUGAACAUAGCACGUUAUUCAAACGUUAUCCUGUUUCCACAACAAAAAUGUUUCUAUUCUUCGUUGUGUCCUUUUCUUGGCGCUCCCUGAAGUCGCAUUUUAUUUCAGGAAUUCACGGUCCUUUUAUGAUUGUACUCAUGCAGGGCGUAUGUCCCCCUGUAAUAGCCUUUCAUACCACAUAGUCUCUGUGGCUUAGUGGAAGAGCAUCGGAGCGCGAAAUCUGAAAAUAUUAGGUGUGAUUCCUCAUGGAGACUCAGUAUUUUUCUCUUCACCCCACCCUCGGACAACACGAAAAAGGUUCAGCCAAUCAUAGCAAGGAAAAUAUCACGAGGAGCCAAUGAGAACUCUAAGUAGAAACAUGCAAACGAUGCAGUAGAUUUUAGUUGUAAAUCUGAUUGGUUCAAAAAGUGGCGCGAGUUUCCUAGACCAAUCACAUAACAAAACAAAAAUCAAGCAAUCUCGAAUUACUUUCGACACUCAAUUGAAAAUUGCUCUAUGUAAGAAACAAAUUGUUUCUUUCCUUCGCUCGUGUCAAUUUUGAAACGUCUCUAUAUAUUCAGACUGUUUACAUGCACCUCAAGGCGUCGUUCAAACUCACGGCCAGACUGGCCAACCAGCCAAUCAGCGAUGAAGAAGGACGUCACACAGAGAGCUUUAUGUUUAGGUAAGCGUUUAAAAAUUUAAUGAAGGCUACAAAUAUUGACAAUCUUUCGCCUUGUUUUUUACCGUCUCUCCAUGUCAUCGCAUGAUUCACAGCCCUCCCUUUUUCCGCCACCACACCCCGGGCGCCUCAGUGAUAUUGUAAUUCCCAUUUUUCCCACAAUUAAUUUGUUCCUUUGUUUUUUUUUUUUCUAAUUUCCCUUUUUUUUUCCAAGGCGUCUUCCAGAUUUUAAGCAGCGUAUCGCAGGUCAGUCUCUUCCAUUUGAAGACUUUGCCAUCCAUAAGGCAAACAAAUAUUUUGAACAAAAGGGCCGUCUUUUUCUGCCUGGAGUGGUAAGUCCAAUCUUGUUUGAUAUACUCUUAACCCUUUACUCAGUAACAUCAGUAUGCAUAUUCUCCAUACUGUUCUCUAUACAUUCCUUAAGGUGCUGACAAUGAGAAUUUGUAUAACAUUCUAGAGCUGAUUUAGUUCAUGAUUAUUUCCUUUUGUCUCGUGACCCUAAUGUUUGAUUUAGGUGUGAUAUUGUCUGGAGAAAUUAGAUGCUGGUCACUCUUUGGGGUUAAUUAAUUAAAAUGAAAAAGAACAUUACACGAGAUUGUCAUUUCAAUUUCCCUUUUGAUUACGGAAAAUAUUAUUUUCUCCAUUUAUCAUCAGGAGCUUCUAUUUAUAUGGAAUGGCUUCAAAGUCCUCGCUCACAGACCUGACUUGGUUCCGCCUCUAAUGAAACUAGUGGAGAGUUCUUUACAUAAACUGAAGCAAACAAAAGGCAAGUUAUGCAGGCCAGCAUCGUGUGAUUUGUGAUAAAGCUAACUCGGAGUCGCUGUUAUUAUUUUUUUUCUGAUUCAGUUUUGUAGCUUUGUAGACUGUUUUUCUUUCUACAUUUUGUCUUCCCGAGUUUAACCUUACAGUAGUUUAUAUAUCUUUGGAAAUUUUUCUGUACACGUUCAAAAACUGGUCGCGUUUAAUCUCGAAGCAGAAGACUUGUAAAACCUUAUGAUACUCAGUUGAAGAAUGUUGUGGCGCAAAAUGUAUCAACUCGCUUGUCUUUCUCGGAUACCGUAUUUCCUUUUAUCAAUAAAGGGCAAAAUUACUGAGCGCUGAUUGGUUGAGAGAGAGGGCAUUUUUUCUUAAUCGAGGGCAUUUUUAGUAAUCAAGAGAGGGUAUGAUUACCUUGUUCAGUUAAAAGCACUUUGUUGUUUUUCUGUUGGCAGAAACGCUCUGUUGAAAUGAGCUUUGUUUUCUAGACUUUUGGCAGUGUAUCACGACACAGUUUUGGAGAAUAAAAUUUCAUUGAAUCGAUUGGUCAGUUCAAUUUGAUUGAUGAUUUGCCGUAGCGCUAAACAGGCUUCCCAGAUAAAAAUAGACUGCGCGCGUGAUUUUCCUUCGUAUAAAUUUUGCCCUUUAUUGAUAAACAAGUAAUCCCAUGAGACCUCGUACUAUUAAGGAUUAAUUGCACUUGAGAUUUCAAAAUUUUGGAAAAUUUUGAAAACUCUCGUGCAAUUAAUCCUUAAUAGUACUUGGCCUCAUGUGAUUACAUAUACUAAUAAGCGCCCACGCUCUAAUAAGCGCCCUACCCUGAAUAAGCACCUACCCCCUAGGCCAUAUAUCAAACAAGCGCCCCUUUUCCCCUACCCCAUCAAUUUCUUAAAUGGUAGGGAUACAAGAAGAAACUGUAUUAAUUGUCACUUUAUCGAGAACAUUUUAAGAUUUCACUACAGCAGAAUCAGAACAAGAGGACAGUUUCUUAAUACGCGCCCCCUUGAUUAGGCGCCCUUCUUCCAACAAGCGCCUCUACCUUCCAGCCGAAAUUUUAAAUAAGCGCCCUGGCGUUGAGUCGAAGAAAUACGGUGUGAGCGCGGUUUCUAUCGGAUUCGAAAAUUCUCAAGGAAAAUUUACCAUUUUCUCCCCGCAAUUAUGAGGGUUGAUAUUCAUAACACACUUUUUUUUCUUCUAGAAGAGAAUGAAAAUUACGUAGACGACUUGUGUUUGGGUAAACUCCUGCAGGGAAUGUGUCAUCGUUGCUUGAAUAACAGGAAAGAAGCAAUGGAAUGUUUGAGAAAUUCUUUUGACAGGUAAAUGAUCAGGGUUCAUGCUAACAUUGCCAAGCAUAAAAUUUCUCUUUCUUUUUUCUUUCCCUCCUCACUUUUUCUUUCUUUCAAGAUCUUAUGGGAACAUCAACCCAUUCCAUCCCAUGCCCGGUGGUUAACGCACUGGACUCCAUAUAUAGAGGCUCAGGUUCCACCCUGACUGGGUCACUACUAUGUGUUCUUUGGCAAAGCACUUUUCGGUGCCUCUCCCCAACCCAGAGUAGAGAAAACUGAUGGUGAACUCUGAAAAACCUGACGAAAUGUUGUCAUGGAUUAGCUUCCCAUUCAGGAAAUAUUAGAAUACUCUCCCCGCUUCAUGCUAAUUUUAAUUUUAAAAACUGGGACGCGUUCAACCUAAUGAGACUGGCUCAGAUUUUAACAUCUUCACUAUCUCGUUCCAAUCCUUCUUCCAUAUUCAAAUCAGCUUUGUACCGUCUCCAGAUCUCUCUCGCCAAUUAAUCCAAGACGGCUGCUCCAUUUUCUUUUGCCGUUGUUGUUCUCAGUCGAGUGAAGAGCCCAGAUAUGGAUGUGCAUACAGGUGUAUGGAUAGAAUUUGUAUGACCAGUGACUCGGUCAUGUCGUGCAGUAAAUAACUGCAAUAUGAACAUGUGUGUGCGGGACGGUUGUGUUUCUUAUUUACAGAUCAAAAGAUUUGAAGCAGGAUUUUUACCUCGCUCCUUACGGAUGUGCAGAGAUUGGAUUUCUGUAUUUGGACGAAGGGGACCUUGGGCGAGCUCAAGAAUAUUUGGAGCGGGCAAGGUAUUGAAUUAUAGAUACAAUUUGCCUCUUUACGUAAUCUUUCAUGUAACUGAAAAGUCGUGAAGGACUCGUGUAAGCAGAUCGGACUUUGCUUUAACUCCACGUUUUCCCGCGCUUUUUACCGUUCCUGUCGGUUGGCGCCGGUUGCAUCCACUCCCCGCUUUGUGGUCGUUGUAUGUUUUCCCGCGAUUUUCUCUUGGUUAAUGUUUGCCCAUGCGCCUGGCAGCGGUCGCAUAAUAAUUCACGAAGAAUUAAAUACACAGUUUCCCCAUAAAGUGGGUGGCGAUUCGAGCUGUAGUGUAACUGGUCUUCCAGGUGUUACGGUUUAUUUUUCAUCAUUCAUUUUUUAAUUGUUUAAACCUGAUAGGAAACAUCGUGACCACCUUUUACAAAGUCUUCUUCACUUGAGAAUUCACGGAGCUCUCCAGAAGAUUGAGCAGAACAGCGUAUCUGUGGGAAGACCUCAAGUUGCUCAUGGACAAGAAUUUGUACAAAAUGGAACACAGAAUGAGCUUCAAAUUAUGAAUAGCGAAGAAAUGACAGAAUCAGAAGAUUUCUUCGAUGCUGAGGAAGAGGGUUCGAAUUUAUGUCGUCAAGAUUCUAACUCUUCAUUUGAUAUAAUAUCGGAUUUUUCCGAUGAAGUAUGAGGAUAUAGGGUCUAAUUCUUGGUGUUUGAGGAUUUUUGAAAAUCUAGCCUUCUAAUUCCAUUCCGUUUGGAUUUUUGCUUAUCUCUUUGGUGUUUGCAUGUGUCCACCGUAUAACACUAUUUUGUAUAGGUUUCGUAUCUUUUUCAAGCAAUUUUCCAUGGCGCCCAGAAUAAUGCAAAAACCAAAAUGUCAUUGAUUCUUUAUCAGAAGGUGAGCUCGAGAUUCCAACGUCAUUCAAAUUAAAAGUUAGGCAUUGGACUGCCUCGGAGUUGGUUUAAAGAUUGUUUUACAGUUCAGUUUUAUGGAUUUUUUGUUUUAAUAUAAAAUUUUCCUAUUGAAGAAUUCAUCGGCGAAAAUCCAUACCGUGUUCCACUCACUGUCAAUAAGCCGAAAAACAUGGAAUUUUCAACAGAUUGCUUAGGUAGCGCCGGAUUUACAAGAAUCAAAGAGGACAUUCAAGGAGUUUUACAUUAAUUUACCUACAGAUGUAAAUAUAUUAAAAGGUUUAACACGUACAAAAGAUUAUACAUUUUCUUUACUUAACAUUGAAUAAUGUGAUAAAUAAGAUUCAUGAAAAAAUUACUCACUUCUGAUUGAUUAAGAUAAACGCAUAUUCAGGUAAUUCAAUGUAGAAGAGGGUUAAUUCAGUGCAAAGAAGUAACAAACCAGACUGAACAGUUCCUUGAACUGUUUAGCCGGACUUUCAACUUUUUUGCGCCUUAAAGAUGUAAAAAUAUCAUUGUUUAUUAUUGUUUUGAUCGUACACGGUUGUUUUGACCGAACGCACAAUGUCACUUGCAGGGUU